UUCAUGUGGUUUUCUAUUUAUGCAUUAUCAGGAUCUGAUAGCCGGUGGCACAGAUACCGCAGCUACCACUGUUGAAUGGGCUAUGUCUGAACUCAUGAAACAACCAGAGCUUAUCAAGAGAGCAACCGAAGAACUUGACAGAGUAAUUGGCAGAGAAAGAUGGGUAGAGGAGAAAGACAUCCCACAACUUCCUUAUAUUGAUGCAAUCAUGAAAGAAACCAUGAGGAAACAUCCUGUGGUUGUACUCUUGGUCCCACACCUGGCCCUGGAAGAUUGCAAUGUUGCAGGCUACCACAUUCGUAAAGGCACUAGAGUGUUCAUAAACUCUUGGGGUUUGGGCAGAGACCCUUCGAUAUGGGAGGCUACCGAAGAGUUUCGCCCUGAGAGAUUCUUGGGCAAAGCAAUUGAUGUGAAAGGCCAAAGCUUUGAGCUGUUGCCAUUUGGUUCAGGAAGGAGGAUGUGCCCUGGCUAUAGCCUUGGACUGAAGAUGAUUGGGUCUAUCUUAGCUAACAUGUUACACGGGUUUAAGUGGAAGCUCCCUGGCAAUAUGAAACCAGAAGAAAUUAGCAUGGAGGAAGUUUUUGGAUUGGCCACAAUAAGAAAGUUCCCACUUACUGCAGUCAUGGAACCCAGACUUCCACUUCAUCUUUAUUAGUUGAGAUAUCGUUAUAAUUAGUUUCUGCUUUUUCUUUAAUAAUAAUAAGUGGGGGUUGAUCAUGUUUCUUCAACCUCCCAUGAUACUGUCUCUAAAAUCUUGGAAUAGAGACAAGUUUAAGGCAGUUCCAG